CUCGACGCACAUGAUUAGGGGUGUUUACCUGCGUGCGAUGCGUUGCAGUGGCAUAGAGCUAAUCUAGCUACUGGAUGCUAACAAGUCUCUCUCUUUAUAUUGAGGAAAAAUACAAUAUCACAGUGGAAGACAGUUAGUCAGCCAAGUAUCGGACAAUAUACAUCGCAUUUUCACUGGAUUACUGCGCGUGAGGAGAUUCAUCCUUGCAUUUGUGUGUAACGUUAGCUAGCUUGCUAGCUUGUUAGUUAACAUCAAGCUAGCCUGUCAGACGGGCUGUUCGAAAGUGUGGUGAAACCAGAUGAACAAGUUUUAACCCUUUCUGACCACCAAAUGAAAUCCUAAAUAUCUCCAGGCCCAGCCUUCAGACAGGCACUAUGGAGGAGUCAGAUGUGGAGCAGGUGACCCUGGCCCUGCUGGAUUCAGCCAAUGACAAGGACCCAGUGGUCAGGGAGCAGGUCAGGAAGUCCAUACUGACCCUGGGGAAGCAGCAGCCUAACAAGGUCCUGUCCAUGUGCCAGGACUACCUGGUCAAGCACCCCAAGCUUGUCAUUGGGCACAGAGUUGUCAUACUGCAGACGAUUGAGCUGAUUGUGAAGACCAAGAUAGAUGAUAUCAGUUACCCGAAAAUCAAAAGCAUAAUUUCUUUGGCCUCCGAUGAAAUGACCCGAUCAAAGGAUGUUGUACCUGAUUGGCAACAGGCAGCCAGCAAUAUUCUGGUUGCUGUGGGAAACAAGUACAUCAAUGACAUCAUGGAGGAAAUCCUCAGCAAGUUCCAACCAGGGAUCCUGCCUCAUUUUUUUGUGGUCCAAACCUUAGCAAGCCUCUCUGAAUCCAAUGUUUAUGGUAUGGUGCCGUUUCUCAAUGCCAUCUUGGGCACCAUGCUCCCAAUGCUGGGCAUGGCCAAGCAGGACAACAUGAAGUGGGUGUUCUCCUCUGCUCUGUCCCACUUCAGUGAGAGUAUCCUGGAGUACCUAGCCAACCUGGACAAAGCUCCCGACCCGACGGUGAGAAAGGAUACGUUCUCCAGCGAGAUCUACGCAGCCUACGACAUCCUCUACUGCAGCUGGCUCCAGAGCAGGGAAUCCAAGCUACGACUGACAGUGGCAGAAGCAGUGGGAUCCAUGAGUCACCUGAUGGCUCAUGAUAAACUGGAGGAGCAGCUUCCCAAACUCAUUCCCACAAUCCUCUCCCUGUACAAGAAGAACACGGAGCAUUACGUCAUCAGUAAGAGCCUGUGUCAAGUUCUGGAUGCUUCUGUGAACAUGGGCAGCAGAGUUCUGGAGACGCAGAUCGACAGCCUGCUCACUACUCUAAACCAGCAGGUUUGUGCACCUGUUGACUACAGCAACCCAGUGACGGUGAAAAAUCACAACGAGGUAUUGAGAUGCUUCAGCAUUCUAGCCAACACCUUCCCAGACCGGCUGGUCAUGUUUGUGCUUCAGAAACUGGAGAACAGUAAUGAGAGGAUCCGCAUGGGCUCCCUGGCUGUGCUCCGACACCUCAUCAACUCCUCCACAUCCAUUAUGGAGUCGAAGAAGCUUCUCAUCCUGGCCAGCAUCAGACAACCACUGGCUGACCACAGCAAUAAGGUGAAGAAGAGGGUUGUCCAGGUGAUCAGUGCCAUGGCUCACCAUGGUUACCUGGAGCUGGAGGGAGGAGAGCUGCUAGUCAAGUUUAUCAUCCAACACUGUGCUCUCCCCGACACCUACUAUCGUCCAGGCCAGCGCCCCAGUGACCCGGAGGAAGUGACCAAUGAGGCGCUGCGGAGCAUGUGUGACAACACACUUCACCUCUUCACUACGACCGUGGGACGCCUGACUGACGUCCUUUGGCCCAUGCUGCUGUACUACCUGACCCCAGGUCAGUACUCCAACGCCACCACACCGCUCUGUAAGAGCCUCACGCUGCUGGGAACCAAGAAGAGAGCCUCCCAGGAGCCCAACUUCAACAUCGACUUCAACGAGCAAGUUAAUCUUCCCUCUCCACAUAUACUGAUGGUGCGGCUCUUGGUGAAUGGUUCGUUCCCGUUCCGGAGUCGUGGCCAUGGUGCACCGUCUUUGUCUCUACUGAACGUUAUAAGUCCUAAUAUCCACCCUAAUGCUGAGACACUCUGGGAGAAGGAGAUCCCUGCUCUCCUCAGCUACCUGGAAGAGUCUACCCCAGAAACACUAGACAACAAGAAAUGGGAAGAGAGUCUAUUACAGUUCCUAGCCAAGUCCCUGGUGGCCAUAGCUGAUGACAAGUGGAGCUGUCAGCUGGCUAUAGAGGCCACACGUUACCUGUCCACCUAUAACCAGUCCCUGGAAGAGAAGAGUUUCCUCUACAGGUGCGUUGGUGUGACUCUGCAGCAGUGUUCCAAUAAGGAGGUGGUCCAGAAGCAGCUACAGGAGAUACUGAUCAGUGCACGACACAACGACGCCAUCGAGAGAGCGGGUGUCGCCAUGGGGAUCGGGCUGUGUGCAAGCAGUCAUCUCGAUGCCACUCUGGCCAAACUGGACGACUUCGGGAAAUCUGACGCCUUCAAGAAAGCCUCAGGAAUAUUCAGCCUGCUCAAAGACAAGAAUGACUUGGAUGUAGAGAAGAUGAAGAGCACGCUGAUCCUGUGUUACGGUUACGUAGCGCUCCAAGCCCCAGAGGACCAGAUCCUGUCCCGCAUUGACUCAGACAUCCUCCGCAGCAUCAGUAAGCACUUCAACACCAAGGUUCUGGGAAUUAAAAUAGAGACCAAGGACCUGACCAUGAAGCUGAGUCUGAUUCAGAGUGUGGGGCUCAUAGCCAAGGCCAUCAGCACCGUCGUACGUAAUCAGGGCUACAUGUUCGUCCGCAAGCAGGAACUCAUGGGAGUCAUGAUGGAUUUUAUCAAGGCAGAACCCACGGAUGCCAUGCGGACUCCGGUUCGCCACCUUGUGAUGACCACGUGUGCCAACCUCAUUAACCUGGAGCCGGCACUGACGGAGAAUGAGAACUUUGAUAUGCUGCGGACGUGUCUGAACGGUGUGUACGGCCUUCCCCCGGUGAACACUCCGGACAAGGACAGGGGAAAAGACGAGGAGGUGCUGGAGCCCCAACAGAGAGAGGCAUUAUACAAAGACACCUUCGAUGCUCUUCAGGAGUUGUUGAGGAAUAUUCUGUCAAGAGACCUGAGUCCAGACGGACUCCAGAGUGUAUUCAAGCACAUUGAGGAGUGGUUGAGUUCUGGUCAGGGUCAUGAGAGGGAGAGGGCGAUGAACACCACCGCUCACAUCCUACAGUUCUACUUCAACAACCUCCACGUCAAAAACAUGGUCACCUUCCACAACCUGGGUUCUCUCCUGGGCCGCCUGGCCCCCCGAUGCACCGACCCCAACCCCCUGGUCCGCAGGGCAGCCAUCGACUGCAUCUACACCCUGCUCUACAUCCAGCUACGCUACGAAGGCUUCUCUCUGGACUAUAAAGACGACUCGGUGGAGAGACUGAUCACACUGAGGGAGAGCAUGGACAACCCAGACCACUCUGUCCUCUACAAGACCUGCUCCGAGCUGGCCAAGAUCAUCAGUAAGCGUCUGCCCCAGCAGCAGCUCAACACUCUGAUCUUCAUGUUGUUUGAGGGGCUGGUGGACUCCCAGUCUAACUGCUCCAGAGCCUCCAGUGUUCUACUCAACACCCUGCUGAAGAACAGAGGAGCUGGACUACAAGACCUGGUAUCAGAGAUGCUGGAGGUGCUUCACAGCCGUCUGCAGAUGAUCAGUGAGGAGCAGGUGAAGGUGUCUGUGGCCCAGUCCAUCCUCAUCCUGGCUACACAGCACCUCCAGACUGUCAUCAACACACUCAUCUCCCACCCCCUGCCCUUCGACAGUUGGAGCUGUGAGAUGUGGGUUGCCCUGGGGGCAGACAGUAAACUGGCCUCUCAGAUCAUGGAGAUGCUGAUGGAGAAGCUCAACGUCAUGGUGCCCUACGUGGACAAGAAGGAGUCCAUGAUGAGAGGAGGUCUCACCAAGGUGGCCACCAGUCACCCUCUAGCUAUGACCUGUGCCCUGAAGGAGAUGAUGCUGAACGGCCAGAGCCAUGAGGCGGUGGUGUCCCUGUUCCCCCAGCUCUUCAGCUCCCUGCUGGUCCGCCUGGGCUCCAGCGUGGGCGUCACACUACCCAAAGACAUCAACAGCUUCGGAACAAACAGGAAGAGCCCCACCAAACUGGGCGCCGGCUUCGACGUGUGCGGGGUAGCGGUGGAGGCACUGCGGAUCCUCCUGGCCCGGGCCCAGCUGGACGAUGUAGUGAAACCCCUGGACCAGGAGGGGGCCUGGGACAAGAUGAAGGACCCCCAGCAGCACAUCACCGGGGUCACCCUCCUCGCCAGGGCCAUGGCCAGGCACGCAGGCCCUCGUCUCCCGGCCAUAGUGGAGUGUCUGUGCCCCUGUCUCAACAACAUCUACGAGUGUCAGAGGGUCACUAUCACAACCUUCUUCUCUGAGUUGCUGAACCACCACGUGGUGACAGAGCUGAUGAUGAUGGAUGUCCUGAUGAACAACAUGAUGGAGCGUAUCUCUGACCCCUGCUGUACCGUCCGCAUGCUGGCCGUCAGGGGGCUGGGGAACAUCGCUGUGGGAUCACCUGAGAAG